CCCUCUGCGGAGAUGCCGCGGUCCCGGCGGUGCAUCUCCACGUGGAGCAGCUCUCCGGGGAGCUGCUAGAAGGACAUCCCCAGCCCUCCCCUCUCCUAAUGCUGCCUUUGCAGAAGAACCCAGGGUUCCUGCCCAGGGCUGGAGGUGACCUGAUGCAUUCCUCAUCUCCCGUGUGAUUUUUUUUCAAAAAAAAAAAAAAUGAAAUUGGAUCUCGAGCCCGGUCCCAGCUGGGUGGGAGCGGCGCAGCGCCUUAGCACAAACACUCAUGGAAAAGCCGAGCUUGCGUAGAAAUCUUCCCUUUCCAAGAAUGAGGCUCGGGUUGAGGCCCCCUCCCUCCUGAGUCAGCAGGGGUGAUGGAUGGGGAAGCUCGGCCGCUCUCCUGCCGCUGGGGUCACCGGUGGCUUCUCCCUUCGGGGCUUUGUGAGGAGCCUGCAGACUGGCUGUUACCCUUUGGAAGCUGGAGCAGGGACGGAGCACCCGACUGCCUCCUCUCCCCGCGCCUUCCCUGCAGCAGCUGGAGCUGGAAAGCGUUAAGGGAGGCCGGUGACAAGUCCACUCCCAGCUUGGAUCACGCUCGCUAUCCCAUCUGCGAGGGCAGCACCGGGGCAGCGCGUUCUUCUGCGGGAGUGCCGUGCGAGCCUGCUCACCCUGCUCGGAGGCCAGCGCAAGCAGGCGGCCUGUGGCGGAUGCGUAAAAGCCUGAAAAAAAAAAAACACAACAACAACAAAACAGGGAAGCGAGAGGAGGGGGAAGGCAAGUUUACCACUGGCACUUCACGCUGCGGUGCGUCACCGUAACGUAUAAUACUCUUCAGGAUGUUGUGCUGAUUUCCCAAGUUACGUGCUCCGGAAUAGGCUCUGCCGCAUAGAUUUUUUAGCAGCGAGGAUGUAAACUUUCUCUGUUUGCUUGCGGGGCAAUAAUACCGCUGCCUUUCUGUUUUUGACAUGUCAGCGGGGCAAAAAUGCUCUUGGGAACCUUCGGGGAGCGGAGCAGCUGGGCUGGCGGCGCUCCCCGCGCGCUCGGGCUCUGGGUGCGACGCUGGCGGCUCGGCGAGCAGCUCCUGCUGUAGAAGUGCCCGGUCCCCCUUCGCAGCAGCUGCUGUGAACCCGUGCACCUCCCCGCGGGUGCCCCAGGCCGCCCCCAUGGACCUGCGCAUCGGGCAGCGCGUCGUCAAGCCCGGCUCCGACACCGCCCUGCUGGCCCUGAAGCACACGCAGCAGCUGCAGCACCAGCUCUUCCUCGCCAGCCUGCACCAGCAGCAAGUGGAGCAGCUCGCCCACCAGCACGUGAGGGUGACCAUGGAGUCCCCGCACCGCGAGGCAGAGCCCGGGCAGCAGGAGCAGGAGCUGAGGCAGAUCCUCAAUAAGGACAAGAGCAAACGAAGUGCCGUGGCCAGCACAGUGGUGAAGCAGAAACUGGCUGAGGUCAUCCUGAAGAAGCAGCAGGCAGCGGCUUUGGAAAGGACCAGCAACCCCAACCCUUCAGCCAUGCCGUACAGGUCUUUGGAGCCUCUGGAUCCCGAGGGCCCUUCCCCUCCUGUACUCAGCACCUUCCUGCCCCCGGUCCCUAGCACUUCUCUUGACCCCCCGGAGCAUUUUCCGCUGCGGAAGACAGCAUCCGAGCCCAACCUGAAGGUGCGUUGCAAGCCCAGGAAGUGCCUGGACCGACGCAAGAACCCCCUGACGCGGAAGGAGAGCGCGCCCCCCUCGUUGAAGAGGAGGCCGCCCGAGGCGAUCGAUUCCUCCCCGAGCAGCAGCAGCACCCCUGUGUCCGGCUGCAGCUCUCCCAAUGACAGCCUCCCCGCCGAGCACGGAGCCCUCCCCGCCGCCUCCGGCAUGGCCCACGAGGCGCCCCUGGCCCAGCGCCUGAUGCUGCAGGAGAGCUCCCUGGCCCAGUUUGCCUUGCAGAGCGCAGCCUCCCUUCCGGCCAUCACGCUGGGAUUGCCGGCCACCACUAGCGCCAGGGGAGAUGCGGAUCGCCGCCCCCUCUCCGGCCUGGCCCACCGGGUGCCCGUGCUGAACGGGCCCGUCCUCGCAGGCACGCACUCGCCCAUGUUCAUACCAGCUGGCUUGGAGCAGCACGAGGCCGGGAGCUCCUUGUCCCCUCGGCUGCAGCCCGUCAUCAUCCUCGAGCCCUCGGUCACCCACGCUCCGCUUGUGGCUGUGCCAGGGCUGGGAACGGUCCCCUUCUCCUUCGCCCCCUCGCUCAUCUCCGCAGAGCGCCUGUCGCUCCCGGGCCACCACAAGCCCCUGGGCAGGACCCGCUCGGAGCCCCUGCCCCAGAACCCCAAGGCCAUCCAGCAGCAGCUGGUGUACCAGCAACAUCACACCCAGUUCCUGGAGAGGCUCAAGCAGCAGACGCACCUGGGCAAGCGCAUGGCCAAAACCAGCGAGAAGCCCCGGCUGCGGCAGAUCCCCUCCUCGGAGGACAUGGAAGCAGAAGGGACGGAGACGGGGGCUGAGGGCGGCGACCAGGCGAGGGCACGCGUGGAGCCUGCGCGGCCGGGGAGCAGCGGGAAGGAGCCCGAGAGGACGCAGAAGCUGCUGCAGCCUCAGGAGGAGCUCGUCCUCCAACAGGCGUAUCUCUGGGACCCCUACCAGCGCAUGCAGCACCAGCUCCUCAAGCGGCAGCCUCUGGCCGACCCCCCCAUGGUUCCGACCGUCCUUGCGGGGCACAGGCCCCUCUCCAGGGCUCAGUCAUCUCCUGCCACCGCGACCGUCUCCCUCCCCGCCCAGGACACGGCCUCCAAGACGCUCUCCCUGCCCGUGCAGGAGCAGCCGACCAAGCCUCACUUCACGACAGGGCUGGUUUACGACUCGGUGAUGCUCAAGCACCAGUGCUCCUGCGGAGACAACAGCAACCACCCGGAGCACGCGGGCAGGAUUCAGAGCAUCUGGUCCCGGCUGCAGGAGCGGGGGCUGCGCAGCCAGUGCGAGUGUCUGCGGGGACGCAAGGCCACCCUGGAGGAGCUGCAGUGCGUCCACACCGAGCGCCACGUCUUCCUCUACGGCACCAAUCCCCUCAACCGCCUGAAACUGGACAACGGGAAGCUGGCAGGGAUCCUGUCGCAGCGGAUGUUCGUCAUGCUGCCCUGCGGAGGGGUGGGGGUGGACAGCGAUACCAUCUGGAACGAGCUGCACUCCUCCAACGCAGCCCGCUGGGCCGCGGGCAGCGUCACCGAGCUGGCCUUCAAGGUGGCCACCAGGGAGCUGAAGAACGGUUUCGCUGUGGUGAGGCCGCCUGGACAUCACGCGGAUCCAUCCACUGCCAUGGGGUUCUGCUUCUUCAACUCGGUGGCCAUCGCCGCCAGGCAGCUGCAGCAGAAAGGGAAACUCAGCAAGAUCCUCAUUGUGGACUGGGAUGUUCACCAUGGCAAUGGGACCCAGCAGGUCUUCUACAGGGACCCCGACGUUCUCUACAUCUCUUUGCACCGUCACGAUGAUGGAAACUUCUUCCCCGGCAGCGGGGCCGCCGACGAGGUUGGUGCUGGCCCCGGGGAGGGAUUUAACGUCAACGUAGCCUGGACUGGAGGGCUCGACCCCCCCAUGGGUGACCCUGAGUAUCUGGCAGCUUUCAGGACGGUGGUGAUGCCGAUUGCACAUGAGUUCUCCCCCGAUGUGGUGCUGGUGUCGGCCGGCUUCGACGCGGCUGACGGCCACCCGCCACCCCUGGGCGGCUACAAAGUCUCCGCUAAAUGCUUUGGCUACAUGACGAAGCAGCUGAUGAGCCUGGCUGGGGGAGCCAUCGUCCUCGCGCUGGAAGGCGGCCACGACCUCACGGCCAUCUGCGAUGCGUCCGAGGCCUGCGUGUCAGCCUUGCUGGGCAACGAGCUGGACCCUCUCCCAGAAGAGAGCAUGCGGCAGAAACCCAACGCCAACGCCGUGCGCUCCUUGGAAGCGGUGAUCCAGGUCCAGAGUAAAUAUUGGGUGGCCGUGCAGCGCUUUGCCUCCAAGCUGGGCUGCUCCUUCCUGGAGGCGCAGCACCACGAGGCAGAAGAGGUGGAGACCGUCACAGCCUUGGCCUCCCUCUCGGUGGCCGUGAUGGUGGAGAAGAGGCCCCAGGACGAGCCGAUGGAGGAAGAGGAGCCCAUGAACCAGUGAUGAGCGGUCAUGUUCUCUGCUCCCCUGCUUCCAGGACGUGGCUGGACUCUCCUGAGCCCAGCGCUCGCUCUUCGCUCCUGGCUUCCUGUUUGCCACGUCAUUCUCACUCCCCGAGCCACGGUCCUGAACCGGCCUGGACCUUUGGCUGCCGCCUCUGCAGGGCUCCCAGAAAGGAUGCUCCCACAGCCCCCUGGGAGACGUCUUCCCGCUCGGGACACGUGGAAAACCACAACCUCCCUCUGCACGGCACCGCCUUGCACACCAAGACCGUGCCUGCAAUCAGUCCCCAACCUUCAGGACCUGAAACCCCUCCUGGGGACACACGAGAGGCCUCCGCCCCUGCCCUUCUCCUGGGCUAUUCCUCGCCUCUGGGGAAAGGGGUGGGUGUUGGGAUGGAUGCUGUGGUCAUGCUGCGGCUGCUUGGAGCCGCCGUCGGGACUGCACCCAGAGCUCCUUCCAGCCAGCCAUCCCCUGGAGAAACAGCCCCAUGUCUUGCUGGAGAGGGACAGGCUCCCCGUGUCUUCUCUGAAAGGAUUCCCAACCUUCUCCAAGUACUCCCCUUCCUCUCUGGUAGAGCACGAGGCAGGAGCGAGCGUGACAGUGACAGGGGCUGCGACCUCGCUCUGCACGAGAAGGGCUUGGAAAGCGACGGAUGCUGCGCCUCUUGCCUUGCGCCUGGGGCAGAGCAGGGGCUGGAGGGGCUGCAGUGCCCAGGCUCGCACCCGUGGGACAUCCUAACCACUAACCAGAGCGCGACCCCUCUGGUGCUGGGGCUCUGAUUUGCACUAUAUACAGAGGAGAUGUGCUAAUGUGAACCUUCCCUACUCUUCUUUCCAUGGGAAUUUCGGGAACAAACACCUCGUCCUGGGGACGUUACCAAGGUGCCUUGAGCCCUUUCCAGCAACCCGCCGCCCUG